AUGUCUUUGAAUAGUGAUAAGCGAGCAAAGGGCGAUAUACAAGAGCUACAUAAUAUUGAGCUUUCGCACCAAUGGGAUCCAAACUUACCACAAGAGAAGCUGGAUGAAAUCUACGAGGCAGUCAAGACAGGCGAUCAUGAAAAGGCUGCAGAGUUAGACAAGGCAUUCGUGCAAGACUCUCAGUAUGAAGAGGUACGAGCCGCAGUACAUAACACUGACGGUGGAGAGCCCGCCAACACGGUGCGUGCAUGGGUUCUAGGAAUGCUUUUCACGACCGUUGGAAGUGGAUUGAACAUGUUCCUGAGUAUGAGGAGUCCCGCCAUCUCGUUCCCUUCCAUCGUUGUGCAAUUGCUCGUCUACCCACUGGGCUGUUUGUGGGCUAAAUAUAUGCCGACAAGAACAUUCAACACAUUCGGAGUGCGCUGGACUUUGAACACGGGCCCUUUCAACAUCAAGGAGCACACCGUGGUUACAAUUAUGGCAAACGUUUCAAUUGGCUAUGCCUACUGUACAGACGCUCUACUUGCACUCAAAGCAAAGCGCUGGGGUUUCCAGCUUCUCUUUGCGCUAAGCAGUCAGGUCAUUGGAAUGUCUCUUGCUGGAAUCUUCCGCCGAUUUCUCGUCUGGCCAGCUGCUAUGAUCUGGCCCGGCCAAUUUGCAAACACGGCACUUUUCUAUGCUCUUCACGAUAAGAGUAGAUCUGACCCCGCUGAGACAAAUGGUUGGACAAUUUCCCGGUACCGAUACUUCAUGUAUGUAAUGGGUGGGGCAUUCAUCUGGUACUGGGUACCUGGUGUCAUAUGGCAGGGGCUGUCUGUUUUCGCAUUUGUCACCUGGAUCAAACCGAACAGCGUCGUUCUGAACCAGCUCUUUGGAGGCUUUACCGGACUGUCAUUGAUUCCUAUUACAUUCGACUGGACCUAUGUUUCCGCCUAUCUGCUAGAUCCUCUUCUCUCGCCUGUGCACGCGAUCAUGAACACAUCUAUUGGUCUAGUCGUUUUCGUACUAAUCACAACAAUUGGCAUCGCAUAUACUGGAGCCUUUUAUUCUGAGUAUCUCCCCAUCAAUACUUCCUCGACAUAUGACAACACACAGCAUUCCUAUAACGUGAGCAAGAUCCUCGGUGCAGGCUUUACCUUUGACGAGGAAGCGUACAAGGCUUACUCGCCCAUGUUCCUUGCCCCGACAUUCGCCUUGAACUAUGGGCUCUCAUUCGCGGCUCUCACAGCCGUCAUUGUUCAUAUUAUCCUUUUCCAUCGAAAGGAGAUCUGGCAUAGAUUCAGAGCUGCUCAGAAUCAAGAGCCAGAUAUUCACUUGAUCUUGAUGAAGAAAUAUAGGGAGGUGCCCGACUGGUGGUAUGCGGCACUUUUCUUGGCCUCUGUUGCUCUAGGCUUGGCUGGCAUUCUCGGCUAUGAUUCCCAACUUCCAUGGUGGGGAUUCUUCGUGUCAAUCAUCGUCGGCGCCGUAUUCAUCAUUCCCACUUGCAUGAUUCUUGGAAUAACCAACAUCCAACUAUCUCUCAAUGUCCUGUCGCCUUUCUUGGCGGGAUUCAUGAUUCCUGGAAAGCCUAUCGGAGUUAUGGUCUUCAAAGUCUUCAGUACUAUCACUCUAGGACAAGCUCAAUACUUUUGCGCAGAUCUUAAGAUUGGUCAUUAUAUGAAGGUACCACCCCGUGUCACUUUCAUGUGCCAAGUGGUUGCCACAGUUUGGGCUUGCUUUGUUCAAAUUGCAGUUAUGAACUGGACUUUGGACAACAUCGAAAACGUUUGUACCACCACUCAAACCGCUCAUUUUACUUGCCCCAACGGAAAGGCAUUCUUCUCUUCUAGUAUCGUAUGGGGUGUAAUUGGUCCCAACCGUAUGUUCGGACCUGACGGUAUCUACAAUCCAAUCCAGUAUUUCUGGUUGAUCGGAGCUCUCCUCCCUGUGCUAUUCUACGUCCUGAUGCGUCUCUUCCCACGGUCCAAAGCUAGAUUGCUGAACGCGCCAGUGAUGCUUGGUGCUAUGGCCUGGUUACCUCCUGCUACACCAUUGAGUUACUCAUCGUGGGUUAUGUUUGGGCUAAUCUUCAACUACUGGAUUCGUCGUCGCUGGGGUGGCUGGUGGAGAAGCUAUAACUACAUCACAGCCGCUGGACUGGACUCUGGACUGAUUCUCUCGACGAUCGUAAUUUUCUUCGCCAUAACCUUGCCCAGUGUCUCAGCGCCGACCUGGUGGGGAAAUACUGCUCCUUUUGAGACAAUGGACUUCUUUUACACUGCGAUUCGAAAGACUGUUGCAGAAGGAGAAAUAUUUGGGCCAUCAACUUGGAAGUAG